UGCUAAUUAUGCUGGCGUGCAAGGGUCAGAACAGGAGGGCUGAAGGCCCAGGGCUGGGCGGGGUCGCUGGAAGGAUCAUCCUAAGAGCCUAGGGGGCGAGAGGAGCCAUGUGUUGGCUGAGGGCCUGGAGCCAGAUCCUCCUGCCGGUGUUCCUCUCGCUAGCUCUCAUCCAGCUGUUUAUCAGCUUCUCCGACCAUAAAUUAACUAAAACCCACAAUCACUGGAACCGGCAGUUACAAGCAAAAUACGUUGAAACGGAAUGUGCUCAAAAGCAAACCUGCCCAUUGUGUACCAAAGACAAGAGAUGUAUUUGGUGUCGAGAAGAAAGGGUUUGCAAAAAGUACUGUUUCCCAUAUUCUGACUGUAAAUUCAAUUCUAUAUUUUGGGCAAACUGUAGAGUUGACCUGUUUGGAAUCGUGAUGCUGAUACUGGUCGUGCUAUUAGCAGUAGGAUUCUUGUGGUAUUGCCUCGCCUAUUACUUUUACAUGCAGGAGCGGCAGGCCUUUUAUCAAGCAAGAAAUGGACAAGCUCCUGGUUUCGACUGGAGUGCUACCGCAUACAACAGUUAAAUAACUGAAAAGACAGAUCUUUCAGAGAGAGAAGGAGAACUUUCUUCAAUGGCUUCCACUGGGAUUUUAAUGAUGUCUACAUACUCUUUGAGAAUGAGUGAACAUCAAAAUUCCUCUAAGUUAAAAAUUUGUAAUUCCAUUGAA